GGAUUUAGGGUUUAAUUUUGUUUAAUGAGCCACCGUGUUUCGAUUCUAUCAUCUCAUUUAUCACCUGUCUCCGCCGUCAUGGCUUCCGAGAAAGAAGCUGCUCUCGCCGCCACUCCUUCCGAUUCUCCCACCAUAUUUGACAAGAUCAUCAGCAAAGAAAUUCCAUCCACCGUGGUUUAUGAGGAUGACAAGGUCUUAGCUUUUAGAGACAUAACCCCCCAGGGUCCUGUUCACAUCCUCCUUAUUCCAAAAGUGAGGGAUGGCCUAACUGGCCUCUCUAAGGCUGAGGAAAGGCACAUCGACAUCUUGGGCCGCCUUCUCUACACUGCCAAGCUUGUAGCGAAACAAGAAGGCCUAGAAGAGGGUUUCAGAAUUGUUAUCAAUGAUGGUCCUCAAGGCUGUCAAUCGGUGUAUCACAUUCAUGUUCAUCUCAUUGGUGGACGUCAAAUGAACUGGCCUCCUGGCUAAAAGAUCAUCUUGAAGUGGAUUGUUGUCGUGAUAAUAAGAAGGAUGCAUAGAGUUUGCUCCCGUCUUCUUCUACUGUCUCUAUAAAUAAAAAAAGCUUGGGAUA